AUGGGCGCUGGCAUUUCAAGUCUUAGCAAGAUAUGUCUAGUCGAACCAUAUGGCAAGCGCAUGAUAGAAGACAAGUCUUGGGAUGUUAAGGAAGAGCUAGCUCUAGAUGUCGAUUACACUUUCGUUGGACUGGGCAUUGAGAACAACGAGGUUGAUGUAGCAGGCAACUGCGGCAACAUGAGUGCUGCCAUCGGACCUUAUGCGUACAAUGCCGGCUUACUUCCACCGCAAGUGUAUGAUCAGGGAGACGGAAACGUCACCGUCAAAUUCAGAAAUACGAACACGGAAAAGAUAAUUGACUCGACGUUCGAGGUUGUAAAUGGCCAGGCCGCAGUUGCGGGAGACUAUAUUAUCGACGGCGUGACCGGUCCCGGAUCACAGAUCAAACUCGACUUCAAACACCCUUAUGGCAGCAAGACGGGCAAGGUGCUUCCGACUGGUAACAAAGUCGACACCGUUGCGGGCUACGAGGUAUCGUGUGUCGACGGCGCCAAUCCCGCGAUCUUCAUCCGCGCAGAAGAUAUCGGUGUCGACGGCACCAUCCUGCCCAACGACUUCAAUAAGCUACCAGAGAAGCUUGACCAACUAGACUGCAUCCGCAGAGCAGCCGCAGUAGCCAUGGGAAUCACCGCAACCGAAGAUGCAACGCCGCGCACAGUGCCCAAAAUUGGCCUCGUUUCCAGGUCUUCGAGACAUGUAGUACUCUCGGGUCAAACGCUAGAGUCUUCCCAGACAGAUCUCGUCGUCCGCUUCAUCUCUGACGGACAGCCACAUCGUGCGAUCCCACUCACUGCAGCGUUGACCACAGCCGUAGCUGCUCGCAUUCCUGGCACUAUAGUCGAACAAAUUCUGGCGACAGCACCUGUCAUGCAAGACGCAAUUACGAUCGGCCAUGCCAGUGGACGCAUACAAGUGAAUGCAACCAUGGACAAGAACGACAGCUUAAUCCCAACAAAAGCAACAGUCUAUCGGACUGCAAAGAGACUGUUCGAGGGCCACACGUUCUGGACGGAUCGCGGAGAAUACAAUCAUGAAGAUGGAAUGAGCUACGGCGUGGGUGGAAAGCACUCUCUUGGCAUGGCAUUUGUACUUGAGAGUCGAGGACAGAGCAGUGAGCAUUUGUUUGCUGAUCAGAUCAAAAAAUUCUGA